AGAAGGGGGCGCGGUCUCAAUUCUGCCACCUUCCCCCGGGCCAGGAGCGCAGCCGCCGCCGCCGCCGCCGCCGCGUCCUCUCAGCCUUGCGCUCCUCCCGCUGCCUCUGCCGCCGCAGCCCGGCCCAGGAGCGCAGAGCCGUGGGCACCGGCCCCGCAGCCUAACCACCCUUCGGGCCGCGUGCGCUGCCGCAGGCAUGGGGGGCCACUAAGAGCGGGCACUCCUUCCCUCUGGCACCUCCCCCGGCCACUGGCCACUGGACUCCGGCCAGCGAGCCUCGGGCACCUCUGGCCCCCAGUCCAGCGCCUGGCCCGGCCCUCCGCUCUGCCCCUCCGGCUCUGAGCAUCGUGUCCCCGCCCCCCCCGCCCGUGCCUGGGACACCUGGGUCCCCCGGCGGCCCCGAGCAGAGGGGCGGGGUGGGGGGGGGGCAUGAAGCCGCUGGAGAAAUUUCUGAAGAAGCAGACGUCGCAGCUGGCGGGGCGAACGGUGGCGGGAGGUUCCGGCGGGGGUCCGGGGAGCUGCGGCGGGCCUGGAGGGGGUGGGGGACCUGGCGGGGGCGGCGGUCCAGCCGGGGGACCGCGGCCGCUGCAGCGGCGUCAGAGCGUGUCUCGCCUGCUGCUCCCAGCUUUCCUGCGGGAGCCCCCCGCCGAGCCGGGGCUGGAGCCGCCCCCAGAGGAGGACGGGGGAGAGCCGGCGGGGGUCGCGGAGGAGCUCGUCAGCGGGGGACCCUGUUGGCUGCAGCUAGAGGAGGUGCCGGGGCCCGGGCCUCUCGGGGGAGGGGGGCCCCUGCGCUCCCCUUCCUCAUACUCCUCAGACGAGCUGUCCCCAGGCGAGCCUCUGACUUCCCCACCCUGGGCCCCUCUGGGCGCCCCCGAGCGGCCGGAGCAUCUUCUGAACCGGGUUCUGGAGCGGCUGGCCGGAGGGGCCACCAGGGACAGCGCCGCCUCAGAUAUCCUGCUGGAUGACAUCGUCCUCACCCAUUCUCUCUUCCUUCCCACGGAGAAAUUUCUGCAGGAGCUACACCAGUACUUUGUUUGGGCAGGAGGCAUGGAGGGCCCCGAGGGGCUGGGCCGGAAGCAAGCCUGUCUAGCCAUGCUCCUUCAUUUCCUGGACACCUACCAGGGGCUGCUGCAGGAGGAAGAGGGGGCUGGCCGCAUCAUCAAGGAUCUGUACCUGCUGAUCAUGAAGGAUGAGUCCCUUUACCAGGACCUCCGAGAGGACACACUGAGGCUGCACCAGCUUGUGGAAACAGUGGAGCUAAAGAUCCCAGAGGAGAGCCAGCUGCCCAGCAAGCAGGUGAAGCCACUCUUCCGCCACUUCCGUCGGAUAGACUCCUGUCUGCAGACCCGCGUGGCCUUCCGGGGUUCCGAUGAGAUCUUCUGCCGGGUCUACAUGCCUGACCACUCUUACGUGACCAUACGCAGCCGCCUCUCAGCAUCUGUGCAGGACAUUCUGGGCUCUGUGACGGAGAAAUUGCAGUACUCAGAGGAGCCUGCAGGGCGUGAGGAUUCCCUUAUCCUCGUAGCUGUGGCCUCCUCAGGAGCUUGUCUUCCUGCAGAGAAGGUCCUUCUCCAGCCGACAGAAGACUGUGUCUUCACCACGCUGGGCAUCAACAGCCACCUGUUUGCCUGCACUCGAGACAGCUAUGAGGCCCUGGUGCCGCUCCCCGAGGAGAUCCAGGUCUCCCCUGGAGACACAGAGAUCCACCGAGGGGAGCCUGAGGACGUUGCCAACCACCUUACCGCCUUCCACUGGGAGCUGUUCCGCUGUGUGCACGAGCUGGAGUUCGUGGACUAUGUGUUCCACGGGGAGCGCGGCCGCCGCGAGACGGCCAACCUGGAGCUGCUGCUGCAGCGCUGCAGCGAGGUCACGCAUUGGGUGGCCACCGAGGUGCUGCUCUGCGAGGCUCCGGGCAAGCGCGCGCAGCUGCUCAAGAAGUUCAUCAAGAUCGCGGCCAUCUGCAAGCAGAACCAGGACCUGCUGUCCUUCUACGCCGUGGUCAUGGGGCUGGACAACGCCGCGGUCAGCCGCCUGAGGCUCACCUGGGAGAAGCUGCCAGGGAAAUUCAAGAACUUGUUCCGCAAAUUUGAGAACCUGACAGACCCCUGCAGGAAUCACAAAAGCUACCGAGAAGUGAUCUCCAAAAUGAAACCCCCUGUGAUUCCUUUCGUGCCUCUGAUCCUCAAAGACCUGACUUUCCUGCACGAGGGGAGUAAGACCCUUGUAGAUGGUUUGGUGAACAUUGAGAAGCUGCACUCGGUGGCGGAAAAAGUGAGGACAGUCCGCAAAUACCGGAGCCAGCCCCUUUGCCUUGAUAUGGAGGCCUCCCCCCACCACCUGCAGACCAAGGCCUACGUGCGCCAGUUCCAGGUCAUCGACAACCAGAACCUCCUCUUCGAGCUCUCCUACAAGCUGGAGGCCAAUAGUCAGUGAGAAGUGAGGUUCUGGCUGGCCCCUCACCAGGGUUUUCUGGCAUCUGACACUCAAGCACUUUGCACGAAGUCCCAAUCCACAUCUGACAUCUUUCCCCAGGAGCCGCUUCCCACUGCAUGGGAAAGAGUUGGGUGGAUUUAGCCCUGGACUCAUAAGCCUGUUCGUCCUGCUGAAGUCCUCUCCCCUUUGCUCCUUCAAGCCCAAACCACACUCUGCUGGUGCCUGCCCUCCCAGGGGAAGGGGGCGGAGAGCUCCUUCCCCGGCCCCUCCCACUGAGGUCUGUUCCAGGGAUGGAGUUCCCAACCUCCUCUUCCCAAGCAGGCAGGAAAGCUGCCGCCCUUCUGUCUCGCAGAGCCGAGUUGUAGGAGGGAUUGACGACCUUCCUCUCCACCACCUGCCUGGCUUCUCCCUGGUCAGGGCUGGGACCCCUAGAUGUACCCCCGAGUACUAAUUGUCCUUGUGUCUGUGAGUGUGUGAGUGUGCAUGUGUCCCCUUUGAAGGAGCAGGAGUGCAUCUGGUAACUGAGGGAGAGUGUUGUGUGUGCUGGGGAGGAGGUCCUUCUGUUUGGUGCUACCCAUGUCUAUUCUGCCCCUGGGACAGUGCGGGGUGCUUUCUCCACCCCCACCACUCCCUGCCCAGCUCCUCUGCUGCGCCGCAGGCCCAGGCUUCUGGGUGAAGCUGCUCAGGAGGGCAGGGAGCAGCAGCAGAUGGGAGGGUUACCCGUCAGCCCUUACGAGUCCCCACUCAGGUCUCCUAAAGUCCCUGGGCUCCGAUGAGACAGUAAAAGAUGCUCAGGGAAACACAGUCCUAUGCUGCCUACAGGACCCUCCCUCUGCGUUGCAGUGGGGUGAGGUGUGGCGGUAUCAGGAGUCAGGGGUGCAUGCUGUCCAUACUCCUGCUUUUAGGGUGUCUCACUGCUAAGAAAGGAGUUGUCAUCUCCCUUCUGGCUCUUCUGUGGGAUACCAACACACGGUCUCAUCCUCCUCCCUGUUGUGACUGCCACUCUGUCCUUCCCAUCAGAGCUGGGUGGGGUGGCCCCUGUACCUGGGGCAGGCAGCCCCCCAAUGUGGGGAAGGGAACGGCAAAGACUAGAAAGGCAAAACUGGGCCCUGGCGAUGCCUUUAUUACCUCUCUGUCUCCCCUCCCUCUCCCGUCACGGGCCGCCAGGGCUGAGUUGCGCAGGGCUCCGGCAGCUACGGGGUGAGGUUUCCUGGCACAGCCUCACCCUCCUUUCUGGCACCACCUCUUUCCCUUCCGAAGAGGCAUCAGCAGCAGAAGCCAAAGCAGAUGCUGCUCUUGCUCUGAGGGUGUAUAUAUAUUUUUACCAAAAGCUCGGAAAUUGUAAAUUUAUUUUUUAAAACUCAAAGAGGGAAAGAGCCUUGUAUCAUAUGUAAACUAUGUAUCAUAGGUUAUGUUGUACAGUCUCUUUUAUACAGCGGUCUGUCUUGUUCCUGCCGCAAAAAAAUGUCUAUAGACUCCCCACCCCCAACACAUUCACAGGCACUGUGUCCCACCCCCUCCAUCCCUUAAGGACAGUGACCAUCUGUCUACUCCUCCCUGCUACUGAUGAUGUGCCCUCCUCUCCCUGCAGCCACCCUUCCUCCCGACCCCUCUCAGCAGCUUUGUCGCUUCAGCUCUCACAGUCCUCCCCAGGCCCAGUGCCCACUGGUCCAGUCUCAGCUGCUGCCUGCUCCUAGCCUUGACGCCUGCCCUCCUGCCGCCCAGACGCUUCCUGGUCCCCUUUCUGUGCCCGCAGCUUUACCAGAGUGAACCGUGUGUACUGUACAGUCUCGGUUGUCAUCGCAGAAACCUCCUGGUUUAAAACCCAUAAACUUCCGAGAGUAAAAGCCGAUAAAAGUCUAUGAAUCAACCCGCCUGCUGUUCUCCAUUCUGUUUCUUUGAGCCUGGGGAAGGAAGGGCCGAGGGAGGGGAGAGGGAACUGCCUCUCAGGGCUCCGGACUACCUCAACCGGGCUGUUCUGGAGUGACUUUGAAAAUGUGGGUGGGAAGAAAAGUUGCUAACCUUGGGAGAAAUGCCACCCAGUGCCUGGGACUUUCAAGAGGGGAUGUUUUAGUUCUUCCAUGUUCCAGGUGCCAUGGAUAUGUGAUCUCGUUUAAUUCUAACACUGUGAGGUGGAAGCUAGAAACUGGGAAGUCCCAGAAGAAUGUCCAAGUUACAGGGUGAGCGAGGGGGCAGAAUGGGGCCCCUAACCCUGAUCUGUCCACUGCAGACAGCAGUCACAUUCUCUAGCUGCUACCCAGACAGCAUGCACUCUGCAUACAACCAGUAUCUACCAGUUAUACUAAGAUGUGGGGCAUCUAGAGCCCAGUGUUAGGCUCUAAUGAGAGCCUGAGCUCCAGCAGAUACUGUAUACUCAAACAGCUGUACAUGAGCCCCUGACCUUCCCUCGUCCUGCAUCUCAGGAAAUGGUCCUCUCAUCCACCCAAGUUUUCCAGACAAGAUUCUAGGACUCACCCCUGAUGUCGCUUUCCCUCAUCCCUCACUCAUCUCAUCGGCCCAACCCGGUGGCUGCAAUUUCAGAACACAUCCUGGGACUUCCCUGGUGAUCCAGUGGUAAGACUCUGUGCUUCCAAUGCAGGGGGCUCGGGUUCGAUCCCUGGUCGGGAAGCUAAGAUCCCUUAUGCCUCACCAAAAAACAAACAAACAAACAAACAAACAGGACAACCAAAUACAGAACACAUCUGGAUUGGUCUAUAUCUCUACGACUUCUCUGUUACCAUCUAGUCCAAACCAAUUUCAUGUCUUCCCUUUAGGAUUGCACUAGCCUCCUACCUGGGCUCUCGGCUUCCCCUCUCCAGCCUACUCCUAACCCCGCCAGUUGGUUCUCCACCAUUGUAGCCAGCGUGCUCUUUUACAAACCUAAAUCAGAUAGUGUAUGGCUAAACUUAAAGAGCAGCGAUACUAGGUAUCAGUGAGGAUGCGGAGCAACUGGCACUUUUAUACAUUGCUGGCGGGAGUGUAAAUUGGUACAGCCAGUUUGGAGAACUGUUUGGUUGUAUCUACUAAAACUAAAUGUACACUAUACCUGUGACCUAGCAUUUCAACCUCUAGGUGUAUACCCAAGAGAAAUUAGUGCUUAUGUCACCAAAAGACAUGUACAAAGGUGAUCAUAGCAGUUUUAUUCAUGACAAAGAAGUUGGGAAAAACCCAAGUGUCCUUCAACAGCUGAAUGGACAAAUCAAUUGUAGUAAAUUCUUAUAAUGGAAUAUUACAUAGCAAUAAAAAGGAACAAACGACUACUACUACCUAUGUAAAUGAAUCUCAUAGACAUAAUAUUGAGUAAACGAAGCCAGACAUGUAGACUACACACUGUAUAAUUCUGUUUAGAGAAGUUAAAAAACAGGAAUAUUAUGAGGAUAGAAGUGAAAAUAGUGGUUACUCGUGGGGUGGGAAAGAGUAUUGAAGGGGUGUGAAGGAGCCCUCUGUAGUCAUAAUAAUGUUCUGUAUCUUUUAUUGAAAUAUAGUUGAUUUACAAUGUUAUGUUAGUUUCAGAUGUACAGCAAAGUGAUUCAGUUAUAUAUAUACAUACACAUAUGUGUACAUAUGUGUAUAUGUAUAUAUAUAUAUUCUUUUCCAUUAUAGGUUAUUAAAGAUAUUGAAUAUAGUUCCUUGUGCUAUACAGUAGGUCCUUGUUGUUUAUCUAUUUUAUAUAUAGUAGUGUGUAUCUGUUAAUCCCAAACUCCUAAUUUAUUCCUUCCCCUUUCCCCCUUGGUAACCAUAAGUUUAUUUUCUAUGUCUGUGAGUCUAUUUCUAUUUUGUAAAUAAGUUGCUUUGUAUCAUUGUUUUAGAUUCCACGUAUAAGUGAUAUCAUAUGACAUUUGUCUUUGUCUGACUUACUUCACUUAGUAUGAUAAUCUCAGGUCCAUCUAUGUUGCUGCAAAUGGCAACAUUUCAUUCUUUUUUAUGGCUGAAUAGUAUUACGUUGUAUAUAUGUACCACAUCUUCCUUUAUCCAUUCAUCUGUCGAUGGACAUUUAGAUUGCUUCCAUGUCUUGGCUACUUCUAUGAACAUAAUGUUCUAUAUCUUGACCUGGAUGUGGUUACGUGUGUGUGUGUGUGUGUGUGUGUGUGUGUGUGUGUGUGUUCAUUGAGAUUUAUAUAUUUCACUGUAGUGUUACAUUUCAACUAAAACAAUUCCAAUUAUAACACUCCUCUUUUUUUGUUUUAUUUUUAAAUAA